AUGGGAAACGAUGAAGACACCAACCGCAAAGACAGCUCACCCCAAGAUCGGGACUGGUCUGCUCAUGAGAGCAACCCGUUCGUUGCUUUCCGGCGCUAUGCCGAUGAGCAGGUAUCCACCAUGCUUCAAUCUAUCAUCGGCCUUCCUUCAAUGGCGACGUCGCCGCACCACAACAGCCACUGGGAUAUAAUUGUGAAUGACCACGGAUACAAGAGCACCAUGUCACACCCGCGAACUGGCGACGAGUCGGACUGGGGAAGGAGUUAUCCAACAGAUCGAGAUAACGCAAGUGGAUACCCGGCCGACAGAGACGGAGAUGAUGCGCGGAAUCACGGAAAGGCACACUGGCUCGAUAAUGAUGAACCCUGGCACUCUCGAUCAUGGAGGAACUGGCGUAAUGGCCCAUCCAGCUUCUUUGGCUUGGAUUCUAUCUUCGACCGAUUCUGGCUUGAGGACCGCUUCUCUCCUUUCGCGAUGCACCUCCUGCACCCUGGACACAAUCUCUUCCUCUCGGAUCUGUUCGAAGAUGCUAAUUCGCCCACAUGGCCCAUCGCCUAUAUCAUGUUCAGUCCUUACUCGCCUCUUCAUCUGGAACGUCAAGGUAAACACCGCUCGCACCGCGAGAAGGGCAUUUUCUCGUCCAUCUUACCGUCCUUACAUACCAACUCUGAGCGUGACCCUUCCGAACCGCAGUGGAGAGAGGCAUUUGAGGAUUUACUCCGGCUUGAGAAUGGAAAGCCGAUGCUGAAUCGCGAUACUCCUACGAAAACGGAGACUGGAUCGGAUUGGUUACAAUCACUCGUGAAACGAGGCAGCUUGGGUGACAGAUGGAAGUUUGUGCCUCGCUCAGAGGGCCAGCCUUGGUCUGGCAUCACAUUUUCCGGUCCUGCAGACUCAAAACAGGAUCAGUCUCGGGCUUUACCAGAGAAAGAGGAAGCAUCUGCUGACACCGAACUGGAUCUAUAUGAGCGUUUCUUGCAAGAUAUUGAAAAACGCGAGCGAGAGUUUUUCAGCGGUGCAUCCGAAAGCCCUCUUCUGCGUCUGCUUCUCGAUGAGCGAAAGCAGCAACAGGAUGAAUUGGAGGAAUACAGAAGUAGUGUCCCGAAGAUCGCGGAUGACCAUAGUACCGACGGGAACGGGGUUUCGACUGAUCUUGCGCCUGGUGAGAUCGAAACUUCAGUCUCCGAGAUGCCCAAGGAUUCGUUGACGGAGAUGGAGACCAAGCCAGCUGCCUCGGAAACAGUGCUCCCUCGUGUUGUCUCCACUAUAAAUCGAACGGAACGCGUACGGCUGGCCGAUGGCUUGGUUCGGACCAAGAUCAUCAAUACGAAACGAUACGCUGAUGGACGAGAGGAAUCCGACGAGUCCGUUGAGGUGUCUCAUCCUCAGGAAGACUCCAGGUCCGACUCCGAGAAAUCUAAGAACGGCUGGUUCUGGAAAGACUAA